GGGUAGUGCUGGUGCUGGUGCUGGUGGUGGUGCAGUAGUGUCAGCAGCAUCUACUGCUACAUACACCUAUAUAUAUCUGUCGGCAAUUUUUCGUACAGGUAUCGUCGCGUUGUGAAUUGAUGUAACUCGAUAUAAAUACUCGUUCUUCAAUCGUCGAACAUAAAAGUAGCGCCGUUUCAAAUGAGGCUCGACGAUAAUGUUAGUGAGAAGCUUUUCCCUGCAAUGGAUCCUGAUUCUGGCACUGGUACUGAUCGUACUUUAUGAGAGCUUACGCCUGAAUCAUCUCGAGGAAAACAAUCAGACGUUGCAAAAUGCCCUUCAGCAGAUCAAGCUCGACGUCGGCACAGGUGCCAAGAAGGACCUGCAGCAACAACAGCAGCAGCAGCAGCAUCAGGAGAAGCCGAAAACGCGGCCGAUUUCGAGCGACGACAAUUACGUAGUGAUAUACAACAGAGUGCCCAAGACGGGCUCGACCAGCUUCGUCGGGGUGGUUUACGACAUGUGCAAGAGGAACAAAUUUCACACCCUGCACAUCAACGUGACGAACAACAUGCACACGCUUACUCUUCCGAACCAGAUGCAGUUUGCGCACAACAUAACUCACUGGGACUCAAUCAAGCCUGCGUUUUACCAUGGGCACAUGGCUUUUCUAGAUUUUCAAAAGCUUGGUAUAGCUGCUAAUCCAUUGUACAUAAACUUGUUACGCAAGCCUUUAGAUAGAUUUGUUUCUUACUACUACUUUUUAAGAUACGGUGAUAACUUUAGACCUUAUCUAGUUAGAAGAAAGUCAGGAGAUAAGAAGACUUUCGAUGAGUGUGUGAGAGAUGGACAGCCUGAUUGCGAUCCCAAUAAUAUGUGGUUGCAAAUUCCCUUUUUAUGCGGUCAUGAUCCAGCAUGCUGGGAAAUUGGUAACGAAUGGGCUUUGGAAGAAGCUAAACGCAAUUUACAUAAGCACUAUUUACUGGUAGGAGUUACGGAGGAACUGGCAGAGUUUGUCCAAGUAUUAGAAACUGUCUUGCCUAGAUUUUUUAAAGGCUCUUAUAAUGUUUUUAUGCAUAAUAAUAAAUCUCAUCUCAGACAAACUACUCAAAAAAUAGAGCCUCUACCAGAAACUGUUAAAAAAAUACAAAAGUCAAUUGUUUGGAAAAUGGAAAAUGACCUAUACAAUUAUGCUUUAUCUCAAUUUCAUGCAGUGAAAAAGAGAGUGAUAAAUGGUUCAGUCCAAGAUCUAAACCAGCGCUAUUUUUAUGAAAAAAUAAGACCAAAAUAGAUCAAUCUUGUGGGAAAUGUUGA